GUCUUUUUGUGGAGAACAACUUACAGUCCUGGCAGUGGUUUGGGUUGUUUGAAGAUUUCCAUGGUGCACCUUCGGCCAACAACUUGAUUAAAUGUAAUCAAACAAUGGUGCUGAGAUGGUCAGAUUUAGAGUCAAGUUAUGAAGCUGAAAAUAUAUCUCCAGAAAAUAUGAAUUUACCCAAACAAAGCACAAAGCAAUUAAAAAAAUCUUUUGACAUCCAGGGUUCCAGUUUUAGUAAUGAUCCCAACUGUAGUACAUUCAAGGGACUGCAGAGUUAUCAAGAAGGAGAUGCUGAGCAAAAGAUUAGUAACAAGGAAAAACUGCCUAAUUACACCUGUCAGACUCUUACUCACAACAGAGAAAAAGUCUAUGAAUGUAAGGAAUGUGGAAAGGCCUUCACUGUUUUGAUACAGCUCACUCAGCACCAGAACAUUCAUACUGGAGAGAAAUCACUUGAAUGUCAGCAAUGUGGGAAGGUAUUUAUUAGUGGUUAUUAUCUUGUUCGACAUCAGAGUAUUCAUACUGGUGAGAAACCCUUUGAGUGUAGUGUCUGUGGGAAGGCUUUUAGGCUUCAGGUAUACCUCUCUGAGCAUCAGAAAACUCACACUGAUGAGAAACCUUUCAAGUGCAAGCUGUGUGGGUCAGCCUUCAGACGAAAGAACCAACUUAGUGAGCAUCAUAGAAUCCAUACUGAUGAGAGACCAUAUCAGUGCAAGGAGUGUGGGAAACACUUCCGUCGACGUUCCAAUUUUACUGAACAUCAGAGUAUUCACACUGGAAAGAAACCAUUUGAGUGUAAGGAAUGUGGGAAAGUCUUUAGACUUAAUAUACAUCUCAUUCGACAUCAGAGUUUUCAUAGUGGUGAAAGAUCUUUUGAGUGUAAAGAAUGUGGAAAGACUUUUCAUUUUUCCAGUCAGCUUAAUUGCCACAAAACCAUUCAUACAGUUCAAACACCUUUUGAAUGUGAGGAAUGCGGGAAGUCCUUCAAGCAUGUCUCCAGCCUUGUUGAUCAUAGGAUAAUUCAUGCUGGUGUGAAGCCAUAUGAAUGUAAAGAGUGUGGGAAAACCUUUAAUCGUCGUUCAAACCUCAUGCAACAUCAGAAAAUUCACUCUGGUGAGAGACCCUUUCAGUGUAAGGAGUGUGGAAAGGCCUUCACUGUUCUGUCACAGCUCACUCGGCACCGAAGUAUUCAUACUGGAGAGAAAUCAUUUGAAUGUCAGCAGUGUGGGUCAGCCUUCAGACUUCAGUACCAACUUACCCAGCAUCAGAGAAUUCAUAGUGAUGUGAAACCUUUUCAGUGCAAGGAAUGUGGGAAGGGCUUUGUUCGUGGUACAGCUCUUAGAAUUCAUGAGAGAAUCCAUACUGGUAAAAAGACCUUACAGUGUUAGGAAUCUGGGGCCUUUCAGUAUCAUUACCAAUUUCUUAAACAUUUUAGAAUUCAUACUGGCAAGAAUCCUUGUGAAUGUACACAAUGUGGGGAGUACUUUACUCAUGGUGAAGACCUUAAAGUACAUCUAAGAAUUCACACUGGUGAGAAACUUUACCAAUGUUAAUGUGGGAAGCCCUUUAGUGAAAAUCAAGCUUGGUUUGACAUGCUAAAAUUCAUACUAUUAAGAAGCCUUAUGUUUUAAGAAAUGUGAAGGCCUUCAGUAAUUCUAAGAUAGCUGUAUAUUAGAGAGAUCAUUAUGAUGAAAACCCCAUGAAUAUAAGAAAUUUGGGAGUUUAUAGUGGUGAGAAACCCUAUAAAUAUAAUAUAUGAUGGAAAUAUUUAGAUUUAGUUCAGCUUUUACUACACAGUGGAGAAUUCAUACUGGCACAAAACUCUUACGAAUGUGGAAGGACCUCAACUCAAGUGCAGGCCUUCUUCAACAGAAAAGAAUCCAUGCUGAUGUGAAACCCUUUGAAUGCAAGGAAUGUGGGAACAUUUAUAGAAUUAUCUCAGCUCUUCAACCUCAUCAGAGAGUCCUUAUAGGUCUGAAACCCUGUGAAUGUAAAGAAUAUGGGAAAAACUUUAUUGUAAACAAUGAGCUUACACAAUAUCAGAAAAUCCAUCAUCAUCAGGAGUCUCCUGCAUCUAAGGAAGGUUAACAAGCCUUUAAAUGGAAAUUUUACUAAACAUUAGAGAACUCAUAUUGGCAAGACUGUGAGUGAAAAGAAUGUGGGAAGAAUUUGAUUCUGCCCUAAGCUUUGGUUAACAUCAGAGUAUGUUCUUGAUGAGGAGAAACCCUUAGAGAAUGAGAACAUGGAAUCUCUGUUCUUCAGAGGUGAUAACUCUGUUGACAAUGUCUAUGUUAACCAUCAUGUUCUUGAUUUACUCUUGUCUCAUUUUAUAAACUUAAUUCACCAAACAUUACUCAGCCAAUUUAGGAAAAAUAGUUAUAACUAGGGUUAUUUGAGGCACCUCCAUUGUCACCAUUUAUAUCCCAUCGCUCCUGUGAUAGUAGGCCCAGUGUUUACUUUGUUUCUGCCUAAUUUGUUAGUAGUGAGCACAGUUCCAGCCAAAGUUGUGGAAUCAGGGUUAUAAAAGAUAUAAAAUCCUUGAAAGUAUCUGGUUCAUGCUCAUAUUCUGUAAAAUAGCUUUUACAGUGUUUUUGUUGGAAUUACUGUAACUGAUAUUACAAGGUAAUUGUAAUUCUGUUUAGUAAAGCCUCAUGCAUUUAUCCACUAUUAAAUUUUAAAUAACUUGAUUCUGUAUAAAAUCUCAUGGAUGAAAAGGUACAUGAAGGGAUUUUCAUUGAGAAUUCAUUCCUUAAGUAAAAAUACAGCUGUUGAUGAAGAAGUAUGAUUUUAAAGGAGUUAAAAAAUUCAAAGGCUAAAACCCUACAUUUAUGUUCCAUGUCCAGACAUUAAGUUAAACUAUAUAUUUGUGACAGGGCAGGACAGUGUAGAGGUCCCUCCAUCUCAUAUUCUCGCUGAAAAUUUGACUUCUGAUGGAGAAUUUUGUGGAACUUCCCAUCUCUAUUCUAGGAACUGUAGCUCAAGAUUCCCCAUCUAAUUUAUCUUGGUGCUGUUAAACUGCUUGCAUGUGUCAACCUCCCCUCCACUAACUGCUUCUGUUGGCUUCUGUUAAAAUGCCUGUUUUAGCAAAAGCUUCCCCUUGAGCUGCUGAGCAAUAUAAAAGAACGUGGCUUUUGCUUUUAACAGCUCCUUGCUUUAAAUGCUUUGGAGUGCACUUGGUUUCCAAAUACCUGAGUAUAGUCCCAGCUAACUGGAAUAAAGACUUUCAGUUGCCUAUAAAAC